UUGGUCGCCGGGUAGCGCGGUCGAUGCGAAUAAUAAAGGCACACCUACCUAUUGACUUGCCAACACCUGGCGUGGAGGGAUACAGAGGAACAACUCCAUGGCAUGCCACAACACCAUCAUUUGCAAGUGAUCAAUCAAUGAUUAGUCAGGACGCCUGUAGACCCAAAAGGCACCCUGUCGCUGUGGUAACAUCCUCGAAGACAACGAAAGAGCCUGCUGUGCAUCUACUACAAUAGCAUGCCGAGACCCAGCGUACGUGCAACAUGUUUUCUAGCAGCGGUCAGCAUGAAUCAACCGCAAGGGGUAAUAUCGUGGGGGGCUUCCUUGAAGGCCGCGAGUAGUCGGCACGGGGCUGGAAGCAUACCGUGUACGACUUCGUCGACGACGUGCCUUGGGGGGGGCGUAUGGAACGUUGCAGCACCGUCGGAGCGCCGACGAAGACUAUCUCGGUUGAAAGCCGGGGGCGUUGGGUCGGACGUCGGGGUUGGCUCUGACAUGGAGCUAGGUGAGGGAGAGGAGCUCCUCGGCACCGUGGAUGUGUCCCCCGAGGAGGUUGCUGAGUUCUUCGCCAAGCCCACGUUCGAGGCGGUAGAUGCUAGUCAGGCGCAGCCCGCUCCCUCGGUAGACACACAGGGCAGUAGCCCCGAGCACGUCCUGGUGAUGGAUUCCUUCCUCGCGGGCGAGACGGCAUCCCGGCUCCGAGGGGUAUUCCACGACCGGUUCUCCAAGCCGAGGGAGGGGAGCCCGGAGCGGUUUGUCUGGGAUUGGUGGCAUGUCCCGGACCAGUAUACGCUGAUGAGGACACCUGCGGAGAACUAUUUCGGGCCCGAGGGAUUCACCGAGCUGCUGAAGGCGCUCACUAACUUCGGGCAGGAGAGGCUGGGCUGCACCGCGAUUUCCCCACCGUGGCUCAGCGUCUACGUGGACGGGUGCGAGCAGCGAUACCACACCGACUCUUGGCACGGGCCCUGGGCGUUCGUGCUGUCACUUACAGACUGGGAGAAUCGCGGGUUCACAGGGGGCGAGACGAUGAUUCUCAAGCCGCACGUGCUAGACUACUGGCGGAGCUUCCAGCCGGGUAUCGGCCUGGAGGAGAAGCACUUCAUCGACACCGUGGAGCCGCACUUCAAUCGACUCACGGUGUUCGACCCGCGCUUCCCGCAUGGCGUGCGCCCCGUUGGGGGCACGAAAGACCCGCUCAAGGGCCGCUUGGUGAUCCACGGUUGGUUCACCGACCCCCAGCCGUUCUUCACCGGUGGCCUAAGCGCCGAAGAGGCAACGGAACCUCUAAACGACGCCCUCGAGACGGUCUACCCGGCCCUCGAGGGAGUCGGCCGUGUUACGGGAGUGCUCACCGUGCGGCUGCACGUGUCGGGCGAGACCGGAGCCGUCGUGAGCGUGGUGGCGCUGACGGACACGCUGAUACCGGACCCGAAUGACGUCGGCGUCGACGAAGAAGGGGUCGAGGAGGACGCCAGGGCAGACGUGCUGGAGGCGGUGGAUAGGGGGUGCCGGGAGGCGAGGUUUCCUGCGGCCGGCGAGGACACGCACAUCACUGUGCCCUUCGUGUUUGAAUGAUGAAAAUUUCCGGGAUUUACAGAAGAAAAUAAUGUACCUAACGUUAAUUUGUGCAAUUUUGUGCGAUUCGUGUUAUGCCAUGACGUUGUCAAGACACAACAACCCGGGGGUAGCUCCGGCCUCAACUGAAGCCAUGUCCUUUUUUCCCAGCGGAGGUCAUCUAUGAUGCGAGUU